AGGUUACACCUUUGGUCGAUGUCACUGUAGUUACAGCGUUCAUCCCGUAGAGGGAGACAUUUGAUAGCCUACUGUUUGUUUCCCGUAAGAAAUUAUUUCAGAAGUCCUCUUAACAGAGCUUUCACCACAGUCUUUAACUUUUUUUCGGGCGCAGAUUUACAUGUUAAUAAAGAAAUCCAGGUUUGUUUUAAGAGUAGGUGAUAAAACCCAAAGAUACCAGGUACCAAGACAUCUCUGUAAGCACUUUAUUUUGAGUAUCACGACAACAUACUUGCAGUGAUUCAUAAUUAAUCUCUCCAAAUGUUUUUCAGGGAGAAUUGCUUGGCCUUAGUGCAAACUGACGAAUUCUAUCACAUUGUAGUUAUGAUGCUGCAUUAAUCAACACAGAAAAGCUUCAACAAUAUUUUUAUGGUGCCAAUAAUGUGCAAAAGGGGAAUGUGGCCCAGAAACUCAAGUGAAAAUAAACUUUAUUGCAUGGGCUGGUUGUAGGUUCCUGGUUGCACCAGUAGAGGUUUGAUAUGUUUAAUAAUGAGUGUUAGACACGGACGGUGCAGACUGCUGAGGGACUGUUUGCAUGGCUGACAGAUGCAGAGCGCGGCCGGUGGGUGGAGACAGUCUGGCAUGUACAAGAUGGACACCUUCACCCUGCUACACCGCUGUAGCUCCAACACAAACACGCCAACGAACAGCUGAAUGUGCAGUAUUUGCCGACUCCGUCAGCUGCUCAUUCAAACUGCAGCUUGUGCCUGCGAGUCCUGCUCCACCUGCUGCUUUCUUUCCGGACGGUUUCUCAGUGCUGGAGGACUGAUUGAGGCCGGGACUGAUGCCAUGCAAUGGUGCAGAUUGGACUGGAAUAGGAGGCAGUGCUGAGGGUCCAAGCUAGAAUUUGAGCUUCACUCUGAGGACCCGUCAGUGAGUUGUUGACUAUCAUCAGUAACAGUGGGGUCUGUCAGGUGCCCGGGAGGUCACGGAGGGCGUGGAGCUGGAUGUAUGAGACGGCUUCAUGGGCGUGAAAGACCAUCUGGAGGAUGGGACAGGCCACAUCCUCAGCCUGGGGCUGGAUCUGGACUACCUCCAUGUGGAAGGUGCUGAGCGGCAGGCCAGCCUGAGCACUCUGUCAGUUGCUGAGAAUAUAGGAGUCUUACAGGUCAGAGCUGGUGUCCAAAGUAACAGCAAUAACAGUGCUGCGAGCAGUAGCGCUACUUUUAGUACUCAUUCAAGCUAUAGCAGCAGUAGCAGUUGCAGUAACUUUUCUGAGGAGAGUGCUGUCUCGGACAGUGAUGAUGAACGGCUCCCCAAUGGGUCUAGUUCUGAAUUUCAAAACCCUGAACAAGAUCAGCCAGCUCACCAAAAUCACCAAGAAUCCUCCUCACGCUGUCAGAGAGUCAGGCUGGACCUGGCAGCAAAUAAAUUCCCUGGAGACCCCCCACAGUCAGAAACAUCAUCUCCCGUCACAGACUACCGCACCAAGGUUGAGUUUGCUCUGAAGCUGGGAUACUCUGAGGAGCUGGUACUGCUGGUGCUGAGGAAACUGGGCACAGAUGCACUCAUCAAUGACAUCCUUGGUGAGCUGGUCAAACUCGGAACCAAGACAGAGAUGGAGCAGCAAGGAGGUUCAACUGCCUCCCAGUUAUCGUCAUCCUCUUUGUCAUCCUCUUUGGCAUGCUCCUCCUCCUCCUCCUCCUCCCCCUCCAACUCCUCUCUGGACUCCUGUCACCUACUGUGUUCAUCACAGCUGCUGGAGGACAAAGAAAACCUUCGACCUAUCGUUGUGGAUGGGAGCAAUGUAGCCAUGAGUCAUGGAAAUAAGGAAGUGUUCUCCUGUCAAGGCAUCCAACUGGCUGUUGAUUGGUUCUUGGAGCGAGGGCAUCGUGACAUCACUGUUUUUGUCCCUGCCUGGAGAAAGGAGCAGUCACGGCCUGAUGCUCUCAUCACAGACCAAGAGAUCCUACGGCAGCUAGAGAAAGAUAAGAUCCUGGUCUUCACUCCAUCUCGCCGUGUGCAGGGACGCCGUGUGGUCUGCUAUGAUGAUCGCUUCAUUGUUAAAUUGGCCUAUGAGUCAGAUGGCAUCAUUGUCUCCAAUGACAACUACCGUGACUUAGCCAAUGAGAAGCCAGAGUGGAAGAAAUUCAUUGAUGAGCGUCUACUGAUGUACUCCUUUGUAAAUGACAAGUUCAUGCCACCAGAUGAUCCACUGGGACGCCACGGACCUAGCCUGGAGAACUUUCUGAGGAAGAGGCCAGUUAUUCCUGAACACAGGAAGCAGCCAUGUCCUUAUGGGAAGAAGUGCACAUAUGGACACAAGUGCAAGUUUUAUCAUCCUGAAAGAGGAAGCCUGCCCCAGCGUGCUGUGGCUGAUGAGCUCCGUGCCAGUGCCAAAAUUUCAUCAGUGGCAUCCAGAGGCCUGCUGGAAGAUGCCCUGAUGGUGAAGAGCCAAAGUUCUGGUCAACCAGAAGGAAUGGCUGAGGCUGAGCAAAGUCAGGACACUCCAAAGAAACAGCCAAACCCCAGUUCUCGGAACUCUCUCAGUGACCUCUUGGAUGACAGGCUUCGGGUCCAGUCCAAAAUGGAACGACGCAGGGGAAGUAACAGUAGCAGUAGCAGUAGCUGUAGCAGCAGCUUUCUUGGGCACCCCACGCCAGGAGGGCCCUCUUCAUCAGGGAGCUUGGACGGAUGGGAGCACCCCAUAGGGAGUGUUGGAGGCAGCUCCAGGGUGAAUGGAGUUUCAGGACCAAAUCUGUCUGAAAGUUAUUACAGAUGCGAGUCUCCAGACCUGGGCUACAACUCACUGGUAAAAGCCUGCUCUAGCCUCAGUCUGCUCGUACCGCAAAGUCCUGAAUGCUUUUUCCCAGCUGAUCUGCGAGCUGGAUCACUGCCAUCAGACUGUAGCAGUGAAGGCAGUGUCAGCUCAGACUCUUUCUCUCCUGACCCCUUAUUAGAUGAUGGCCCCAAGUGCCACCAUCACCACCACCCUCACUACCAUCAUCACUGCUCUGGCCAGUACACUCAACCUACAAGUCGUGUCCCUCCUGGUCUGGGUCAGCGUAGUCCUCAUGGCUAUCCUAUUCCUCCAGGACUGCAUAGACAACAUGGUUUUGUCUUGGAAGACCUUCCUUCUUCUGUUACCUCUCAUGCGUCUCCACGUAACCUCAAGCCCCCUUCAGCCUACAUCACACCCCAUCCCCAGUAUCCGUUGCUGAGCAGUUUCCCAGGGGAAUUCCAUACACAUCCACCACGUCCAUCCCAAACAGCCACUGCUCACUCCCACUCUCAGAACUCCCCCCAUAGCCGCAAUGCAAUGGGCUCCCCUUGGCAGGAAAGUGGGCUCCACGACUCCCAAGUGUACAAACGGUCACCAUUUCAUUCCAGGCAAAACCACUCUGAGCUAAACAAACAGCAACAGCCUCAGAUAAACUGGGACCAUCAUUACCAGCAGCCCCCUAAGGCUUGCUAUGAUCUGUUUGCCUUCCAAAGCCUUCCAGAAGUCCAUGAGAAGGCUUGGCAUUCUCCUUGGAGCAGGCAAGCCCAUUCAUCACCCCGUGGCCUUUCAGCAUCAAGUCUUCAACCACUCCCGCAACUGUCCCUUCCAUCCAGUACUACCUACAACAGCCACCUUCCCUCAGUGCCCAAGCAUCAGGAGCCCCCUGCAUUGGGUCGGUACCAGGACCUUAGGGAGAGGAUGUUUGUAAACUUGAGCCUCAUCUUCCCUUCAGAGUUGGUGAGGAUGGUGAUGAACAGGAACCCACGUAUGAUGGAUGCUCAGGAGCUUGCGGCUGCAAUUUUGUUGGAGAAAUCACAGCACAGUUCUUAAAUGAAGCCAGAUGGUGAAUUUACAGCUUCAUCUCAACCGGUCUCACUUCUGCAGGUUUAUGUCUUGAAAUCAUCUUAAUGAUUGUCAGGUUUGAUUUACACAAAUCAAAAGCACAAAUAUGAAACUGUCAAUGGACUUCUUAUUUUAAUUGCAGGGAAGUUGCCUGAUUGAUUUUAAUGGUAUCUUUGUAAAGGGAAAUCCUGAAGCUGCCAUAUUUUUCUAUAAAAUAUGCCUGCUACUUCAGCACUUAAGAUCAGAAAAGGUUGGGCUUUAAUGUCCAUGUUUGAGCUGUUGGUUAUGAAUUAAGACACCAGUGUGCUUAGGGAGGUUUUUAAAUAUGUUUCAAGGGUGUCAGUGUGGUUCAUUUUAAAUUAAUUUAUUUGUGACAUUUUAAGUUAUUUACAUAUUUUAAAAUUAUUCU